AGAAAACAGGAAAUUGAAUACGCUAGGUGACGUCAUUGGUGAGCGCCUCCGCUGCUGGCCUUCGCAAUGGGCUCGACUCCUUAGCCUUGAUUUGUUCGCUCUGUCCCUCUCUGCACGUCAACUCUGUUUUGUUUUGUUUUUUAUCAACGAGAGCCUGUCCGCGAUGACAUGUGGAGGUGAAUUUGCAGACGAGGUCAGCCAGGUGAUUUCAAAACUGGUUCCUGUGCGGGCUGACUGGUUUGCACGUUUCAGUUCCUGUGCAGUACAGUAAAGCUACUUGCUUAGUCAGAGGAUUGCAAUGAAACCAGCUCAGGAGCGCAACCAGGAGUGCCUGCCUCCGAAGAAGAGGGACCUCCCAGUUAGUAACAGCAGUGGAGCUGGAGGGACAGGGGGAGUUGGAGGAGGAGGAGGCGGUGGUGGUGGUGGUAGCAGUGGAGGUGGUGGUGGUGGUGGUGGUGGUGCUGCUGGCGCUGCUGGAGAAGAUGAAGUGGUUUCCAUCCAGAACUCUGCAGCCAACAGUGACACUCAGGGAGGGACCUCAUCCGGAGAGUGGAUGCGAGCUCAGCCAGGGCUUCAUUAUGGAGUGGAGAACUCUGAUGGCAUACCAGCGGUGCCGGUUGACCAGUACAGCAUGCUCUACAAAGUGGCUCUUCCAUCUGUUACCUACUCGCCUACCAGUCUUCACCCGGUGUUAGGCCCCAUCUCUUCAGCCUACACCGUACACUCCCCUCUCCUGCAGCAUCCAGGCCUUCCCUAUCCCCCUCUUGGUUAUGCCCAGAUCCCUCAUUCCUCUCUGCAGUUUGUUAGCCCUUCUUAUGCAGCAGUACCUUACACUCUACCCCCUGGCUUUGUCCCGGGAUCAUUAAUCUCCCCCUCAGGCACCAUUCCUCAGCCCCACGCUGUGUCCCACCUUGUUCCCUAUCCAUCUGUCAUACAAGAAGGUGUUGUCUCCCCACCUCCCCAGGCUCAGGUGGCUGCACAUACCUUUGCCAAAGUCGCAGCCCCACUGAUGAUGCCUUCAGAGCAAGCUGCCCAGCAGCACCUUGGUACUGUGGGAGUCCUGCCUGCAACAGAGGUCAGCUCACGAGGGAUGUCAGUCUUCUACCACGCUCAGGGGACCAGAGCUGCCACUGCCACCAGAGACCUCCACAGUGCCCAGCAGGAGAAUGAACCAGAGAUGAAUGGAGGCAGUAAAGAGCAGGGAGCCAGGGAGGUCGUACUAGACUCGGCCUACAUUGCUAGGAAUGCGCGUCUGCUGCAGGUAAUAUCCAGCUCUGCAGCACAGGAGCACAGCCAAGACAGAGGGCCGCAUAACCGAAGGCUGGAAGAGAGGAGCUCACCUGGCCAGCGGAGCACUCCAGAUAGCGACCUGGAGGUGCAGCAGGUGGUUGGUCGUUUGACCUCCUCUAGCCAAGGCACUAGUGGGGUGCGGAAGGAGGUUUCCUUUGCUCCCUUGAACCUCUCUCAGGGUGCCCAGAGAGCCAGAGAUGUCCAUGCAGAGAGCACAGGAGUCAUAUCCGGCCGUGCUGCAUACACGGCCCAGCCUGUCAGUUACAGUGACCCCCGAGUUGCCAGUUUCCAGCAGCAACCGGGACAACCAGGCCAUGCUGUCAUGCUUGCCAACGGGCAACAAGUUCUUAUUCCCCUGGACUAUCACCUGCAGCAUCAGCCCCAACCACCACAGCAACACUACCCAGGACAGGCUAAUGAUGCCUCAGCCAGCCACCCUUCUACCACCAUGGCCUCCUCUAACCCAAGCUUUAAAGCCUCUGAUUCUUCAGCCAGAGUGUGCCUCACUGAAAGGGCAGAGCUGACCACAGUACAGCAGCAGCAGCAGCAGCAGCUCCCUCAGCAGCCUCCUGUCCAGCCUACAGCAGAUGUGACUCAGGCCUUAGCUUCAAGUCUCACCCCUGCCCCGUCUCCUUGCAACCCGUCACACUUCAUGAAGGGGGCCAUUAUCCAGCUGGCUACUGGGGAACUAAAGCGUGUGGAAGACCUGCAGACUCAGGAUUUUGUGCGUAGCGCUGAGGUGAGUGGGGGGCUUAAGAUUGACUCCAGCAUGGUGGUGGACAUCCGUGUCAGCCAGCAAAGACCAGGUCUGGUGUCACUUCACUUCACUGUGGGGGAGCAGCAGAGCAAAGUAACAAUCGAUGUGCCCCCAGAGCACCCUUUCUUUGUGUUCGGCCAAGGCUGGUCGUCCUGCAGCCCCGAACGCACAGCCCAGCUCUACGGCUUGGCCUGCCAUCAUCUGCAAGUAGGAGAUGUGUGCGUGUCCAUCACCCUGCAGCAGCAGCUUCAGCAGCAGCAGCAGCAGCAGAAACAACCACAGCACCACCAUUCACAACAGCAGCAACAGCAACAGCAGCAGCAACAGCAGCAGAACUUGUCCAGGCUGUCCAGCAAAACCAACGCUACAUCAGGACCUGGACACCAGCUCAUGGGGCCUCCGGCUCCUCAACAGUCGCGGCCUCAGUCUCAUUUCAGGCUAGACCGGAUCCACAGAGAGAGACAGAGAGAUGGUGAAAAAGAUGUCGUUGAUAAGGAGGAAGCCACACAUUUUGGUGUUGUUGGGCACACUGAGUCACCCAACAGACCAAGUAGGACCUCAGCAGAGCAUCCAAGAAGCCAGAGCAGUUACCACUUGCACACAGAGGGCUCUGCUUUUGCAGGGGCAGGGAUGGGAGCAAUGCAGGCUGCUUCUCAGAGGCGCUGGUCCUCACCCGGCCUCCAAAGAUACAAUAUGAAGGGAGACGAAGGGUUGCGCCCUCAAAUAAGCACCUCCGGCCACACAAGGCCCUCUUUCAUCCCCCAGGAGGUCAAACUGUCCAUUGAGGGGCGCUCUAAUGCAGGGAAGUAGCAUCACAUUUGGUAGCAACUAUAGUGGAGACUGCCACGAGUAAGAAUGAGUGUGACAAGGAGAGAAAGAGGGAAUAAAACAAUUUAGAAAAAGAGUGCGAAUGUAGCCUCAGAAUGUUUGAGAUUUUGCACACCUAAAAGAUACAAAAAAUACAAGAUCUUUGUCUAUGUAGUGAGAGGUUUGGUUUGGUUUGGUUGUCAUUCAACCAAAGGAUACGAGCCUCUGGUUCCCCAGCCAGCGGAGGUCUGACAGGGACAUGACAAGCUGAGGAGAAAGCAUGUAGCUGAUGAAAUGCCUCUUAUAGUCCUUACACACUGCAUUUCUCUUACUCCCUCCCUCCUUUGUCUCCACUUCCUCAUAACGAUGCUUGGAGGUUGCCAUCGCACUCGGAACACUCUUGCUUCCUUUUUGACCAAACUGUCUUUUUGGAAGACCACAGACUACGAAGAAUGUGUUUUUUUUUUUUGUAGCGCGGCGAAGCUACCAACUCCGCAGGUUCCGAUGUGUUUAAAAAAAGAUCACAGCCGGCGAUCUUUGAUCUCCUCCAUUCCUAAGAUCGUGUUUCCUUCUUAAAGCAUUUACCCAAAAAAAAGAGCGGAGUUGCUGACAUCAGCAAGGCUCCUCUGGUGAUAUUGGCGCUGCUUAUGCCAACUGUCAGUGCAUGUGACGUUACGCUUCUCCGGCAGGAGUCUGAAACCUCCUUUGUCAGCAGAGAUACUCUCUCGGGCCUGCAAAGAACGGGAUACUCUCUCAGGCCAAGUGUGGCAUGUCCCACUUGUCUUACAAUCGAAAUAGUGAUAAAUCAAUCAGUAUGUCUGUUCAGCAAUCAGUUUUCACUCCAAAAAACAAACACACCGUCGCGCCCUCUGGUUUAAGAUGAGGACCCUAACGUGUGUGUGCGUGUGUGUGUGCGUAUGUUUGCAUAAAUGUCGCAGAUUGGAAUAACGCUUUGUUCUCUAUGAUAACUUGAGAUAUUUUGCAUUCCAGUAUCAUCAGUGAGAAUAUUCAACACUUAGUGUUUCUCCCCUUUUUAGAGAAUAAACUCCAAUCCUGAGCGACACCCUCCUCUCCCUCCUCUCUAUACCUCAAAGCUUUCCCGACCAGACUGGUGACUUUCAAUGCAAUUCUAAGGAGCGUAAUUAACAGAGGAGACACUGGCUGGUCAUCACCAAAGCCAACUGUGGGAAUGAUCCAGGAAGAGACAUUACCGAGUCACAUCACUGGCUGCACGCCACUUUAGCCUGGAUGAGUGGAAGGGCUUUGUAGUUCGCCUUGGAGAGAAUUCCUGUGUGCGAGCGAGUCGGUGACGAGGUGUUUCUCUUUGUCCUCACCUUUUUGAGUUAGUUAGGCUUUGUUACCAAAUUAAAGCAAUAGUUAGUUGUUUUCACAGCACACGGUUGUACUGCUUCCACCCUCACCUCCCUAGGAACCCGUGAGGUGUCAGCUCUGACCCCCCCCACGACUUUUAAAGAUGGAUGCACUAUUUUGCUGUUAAUUUUCACUGACCCUCAUCAAAUCAUUGUAGAUGUCUCUGCUUCUCUUUCUGAUUCUCCAUCUCACUGAUGAUAUUUUAUCUUACAUGGAUUUACUCAAGUGCAUCUCCAAGAAAGGCUUGACUCUAAUUAAGUUUGCGAUCAUUAUCGAGUUAUUUCCUGUUCUGUCUUUUGUUCAAACGUAUACUGUCGUUCGCUUUUGUACUAGGAUAUACUCUAUCCAGUGGAUCUUAUGAUUGUCUUGUGUUGCACAUAGAAAAUGUCGCUCAUUGACGCCACACUGACUUUAAAAAAAAAUAAGAAUCACAGUACAGUAGGUGUUUUUUUUUUGUUUUUUUAAUGAAGGGAAUAUGUUUGAAGUAUUGUGUUGUAGAGAGAGAGAGAGAGAGAAAAACUGACUUGCAUUUUUAACUCUGUUUACAAAUUAGCCAAGAUGAAUGCUGCAGUUUCCUACGUCUGACAGAUUUUUAUCCUCUUCUUGAAAUCCAAAAAUCCAAAAAGGGUGAAAUUGAAAACAAGUGCAAUUAGACCACACAUAAAAUCAUUCAGAGGUUUAUAAUCACAGCAGCAUUCCUCACAGAGACAUUCCCAUCAGAAAGCGGAAAUCAGACAGUACCUGUUUUUUUUGUUUGUUUGUUUUUUUUGUUCUUUUUUUCCGUCAUAGAUCAAUGUUUGAAUGACAUUUGGAUAUUUCAUGCAUUACCUGUUACAUUUCUUUUCACUGGAUGUGCUCAGACAGGAGGAUCAGCUAGUUACAUGGUUGUCAAGUUUGUGUCUGACUAAUGUAUCGGUGCUGUAGCCAAGGCGCUGUUGUACGUGUGUGUGUGUCUAUCUGUCCUCUUCAACUCUUAACUUGAAUAGAGCCCUUAAAUCUUCAUGGUUUGCGGAGUAUACAGCCAUGAGACAAAUCAGACAGAGUGACCUGAACGGGGCCUUGUUGACGCUCAUCCUCUGGUACUGUCAUUACGAGCAGCUUUAAGGGGGUAGGUUCACAAUUUUUUUUUUCAAGUCUGUCUUACAUGCCCGCAUGAGUUAUUGGUCCAUCCUGACCAUGUAAAGAUCCAACCACAUCUAAAAACUCUUUCACUGUACAAAAAAAGUUAGUAUAGUAUUAAGAUAGGUUUGAAUCUAUCCUUUAAAAUGCAUUGCUUUCAGAAAAUCACUUUACUACGGUUAAAAACGCAUCUUACCAUCAGAUGCUCACCACAUUGAGUUCAUUUUUUUUUCAUGGUGCAAGCAAUAUAUAUAAUACCUGAACACAUUUCAUGUAGUUGUGGCGUUUCCUAUGCAGUAAACUCGGUAUUGUACCCCUCAUUGUCUUAAGUACAGCUCUUUGAAGCAGUAGGGCACGUCAGCUGAUGCAGUCGUUUUAUGCUGAUGUCAGGUUCUAUAACUAUUCUUUAGUUUUAAAUGACCUUUUUACAGGAAUACAAACCAGUAUUUUGCUUUGCUACUUUCUGUUUUUCACUCAGCGGUCCCAAUCUGCCGCCACAUAGCAGACUGCUCAGUCACAGAUCGAUAAACUUUUAUUGUCUUCUUACGAUGCCACAGAGUCGGAGCCAAACCGCUCAAGAUGAGACGAGUGUCACUCGAGUUUUCAGUUUGUGUUCGUUCUGGAUUAUUUUGGCCGUCUGAUUGCCGGGGGCCACUUCAACAUUUGUAUUUUAGGUCAAGAUGCAUUUGAUGGGAUUUACAUGGUGCAAGCAAUGCCACCUGUGACUUUACCUGUGACUUCAGUUCUCACAGCAAGACUAUCCAGUGCUACCUUGAGCCUUUUUGUUUCUGCCCUCUGCUUUGAGCAGCGUGUGCCAUGUUAAAGCAGGAAAGCUCGACUGCUGCAAAGAUGUCCAAUGAAUCGAAUUCACAUCACUGAUAGUCUGUUGCUAUAAGUAAUUGCACUAAAUGCCCUCCUUUACAGUGUUUGUAAAAUGAAAACUGUUGGUAAAUUGAAGAGUUUCGAAAUGUAAAGCACACAAAGUCACGGAGAACACGCAGGAUGUGUGCUUCUGUAGAUAGGUGUUUUUUUUUUUUUUUUGUAUAGAUAGCUUUGAUGAUGCUUGUCGAUAAUGCCUUAAAUUCUGCUUUGUACAAUGUGUGAAAUAGAAAUAAUGGAAUGAUGCUUCUGGUAGACUCUGUGUUCCCUUUAUAGGCUGUACAAGAGCAAAUCACAAAUGUCAAGCCUUGACACUCUUGUCACGCUUAUGAGCAGAAAUUUCACAUUUACAUUUCUCAAAGGGUGGCGAUGAAUACUCUUUUGGCCCCAGACGGUUCAACCAUGUUUUUGUUUCCUGUCUUUUUAUUCAUUAUCUACUCCGUUACAUUUUUAAUACACUCUUAAUGCUCAUACUUAACUUUUUAAUUCCUGUUUUUAUUUUUUUUUGGUCAUUGUGUGGAAGUGACAUAAAUGGACACUCUUAUCUGCACUUUUUUACAAGAGUGUUAGCAGCAGAGGGAAAUCUAUUCAUUACACACACACACACACACACACACACACACACACACACACACACACACACACACACAGAAACGCACACAUAUGUUUUUAUUGUUGUUGCACAAGAUUGGUAGGUUUUUUUUAAUGUUUUUUUUUUUUAAUCCCUCGAAUUAAUGGAUUGUGUUUGGUGUCUUGUGCUUUGUCCCAUGGUCUGGCAAACAGAAGGUGGGUUUGAAGAAAUGGAGAUAGACAGGCUGCAUAAAUAAAUCAGAUAGCUUUCCAUUGGUGGUAAUGUAACGGUUUAUUAUGUUUUGUGAUGUUGGCAGUGGGAAUUUAUUUCUCUCCGUGUGAACUACUUCCUGUCGUUUGAUCCGAUGUUGAACCGCAAAGGUGAAUUUAGGAUGGCUUUGGUAUUGCUGAUGUCGAAUUAAAUCAGGAUAACGUGAACGGUUAAAAGUUUUAAAGAAGUCUGUGUAUUUUCAGAUUCAACAUUGUACUUUUUUGGCACAAGGUGACACUGCUUUUUAUGUGACGUGUAACUAAAAACAAAACAAAAAACAGCAUCUUUUUUUAAAUGCCUAAAUCUGCAAAAUAUAUGCAAUGAUGUAAAUGUAACAUUCAAUCCUCAAGUAUAAUCCAGGUUGUAUGAACUUUGUAUAGUGAGUUUUAAUAUCGUAUGGCCGUACCAAUAUGUAUUGAUCUUUAUCAGAAGCCUUAGAGUUGUCGACCGAAAGUGCUCCCUUAGAAUACCCUACACCUACCUGACUUUAACAAAGCAUUAAUAUCUCUAUUUUGUUGCAUUUUUAUUUGUACCGUUUUUGAAUAAAAUAGAUUUGUACUGUA